AGAAGCGUCGGACAACAGGUGGAGAUGAUAUCACCUGACCUUUUACUGUGUAUAGGCGAUUUCUGUUUACAAUUAGAUGGAAAGAAAGUGGACGAAUAUUUAGACUACUUCAUUAAAUCAGUUGAGGGAGACAGCCAAAUACAUGAAAAAUACAACAGGUCCAUAUCAUGUAUUAAAAGAAGAUUUCCAAAUAGAAAAUGUUUUAAACUCAACCACGCAGUUGAAAAAGCGACACUAAGUGACCUUCACCAGAUGAAAGAAGCUGAAUAUAGUUCAGAUUGUAAUGCAGAUAUACGUAACAUUGAUGCGUAUCUCUGCGAAAUGUACCCACAUCAUGUUUGUAGCGAUACAAAAAUUGACGGUUGGAUAUUUACAUCAGUUGUCAGACGUCACACGGACUCUGUCAAUGCCAAUAAAGUACCAUUAAAGCAAGAUGCUCUGCAAGGAGCGUACAAGCAAGCAAAUGAAAAGUACAUUACCCUCAUCAGCGAUAAGUUCUUACAAGACGCCAAAAGCAUUGAACUUCCAGUCGUAAACUCCGAAAGAUUCGAGGAGAUGUUCAGCAAAAUGAUCGACGAUUCGUUAGCAGAUUUGAGACAACUGUUAUGGUAUGAUGAUACAAGAGUCCUUGAGGGAUAUGCUAUUAAACAAAUGGGAAGGAUAAAAGAUGAAAUUGAACAAAGAAAUUGUGAACUAGUUGAAGAAUCUUGUGGUUCUGUCCUGUAUCAGUUGUACGACAGAAUUGUGGGUUUAGAACAACAUUAUAUGCGAACAGAUGGACAUGAAAGUUACAGAGCAGCAAUUAGUACACUCAAGACAGAGUAUAGAGCACAAUGUGGUAAAGCCGACAUAAAGCUUACAGAAAGAACCCUUCAGAAGUUCUUGGAUGAAAAGUCAGAAACAGAAUAUAGGAUAAGAAUGGAAGACCAUAGGCUUACGGAAGAAAUAUGCGAAAGACGAAAAGAGCAGAUACGACUUGAACAGGAUCGUCAAAUACAGAAUAUCAUCUGUUCGUACGAGGAUCAUAAACGAACAGAAGAAUGUAUGAGGAGAGAAGUAGAGGUGUUAUUUAGAAAGAACAUAUACGAACGUAAAGAAAAUGAAAAUAUAACUCAUGAGGCUGCAAAAGAGGAAGAUGAAAAAACAAACAACAACAUGUGUAUAGAAUUAGAAAGAAGACUGGAUGGCAAAUUCAAAGAGACGGAAAGACGUAAAAUACAGCUGGAAGGUAGAGCUGAAAAAGAACAAUGGGGAAGGUUAGAAACGGAAAUAGAAGAACGUGAAAGAGAGCUAAACGUUUUCGAUACGCGUCUGGAAGAAUUUCGUGAAAAACUUUCAGCGAGACAAAAACGUGAAGAAGAAAUGCAAAACGAACUUAGACAUCUUAUAAACGAAAUUAAAAUUCAGAACGAUACGAAAAAAGAUCCUGAAAUAACAAGUAAAUUAUAAAAUGAUAAAAUAUACAUUCCAUAUAACGAGAGAAUAUCAUCUAUCUUAUAGUAUUCUUCAAGUUGUCCAGCACCCCAAGACAUUUGUAUGUUACAGUGAAAUUAGGUUAUAUAUAGUUUUGUUUUAUUUUUAAAUCCUAUAUCUUCUUUUUGCAAAAGCUUUUUUACUACAACUGAUUUACCUUUUAAAAUUGAAAUAUAACCCCUUAAAAUUUCGGAGAAAAUUGGACAGCAUGGUCGACAUUUAGUAGCAGAACUUCACAAAAAUGUUUAUGCGUUAUCUUCUUGCAAACAUGUACCGAGUGAAGAUAUUGCAAUGAGGCUAGUUAAUUAUGUUUUUUCUUUAUCUAAUUUGUAAUAUUUAAAAUUAAACAUACAUUCAAAUUUACGCCCGUAAAUAUAUUAAAUAUAUAUAAAUCAGUAUUGAAUCUAAUUCAAACGGACGAUAUAUGCAUAACAUUUUAUUUUACUUUCUGUUUUCAAGUAGCAACUAUUAAUUGUACAGGGGCCUCCGUGGCCGAGUGGUUAAGGUCGCCGACUUCAAAUUACUUGCCCCUCAUCGGUGUUUGUUCGAGCCUCACUCGGGGCGUCGAAUUCUUCAUGUAAGGAAGCCAACCAGCUGGUUUACGGAAGGUCGUUGUUUCUACCCAGGUACCCGCUCGUGUUGAUUAAUAAUACACGUAGGGGUACCUGGGGUCUUCCUUCACCAUAAACGCUGGAAUGUCGCUAUAUGACCUAUAAUUGUGUCGGUGCGACGUUAAACCCAACAAAAUAAAAGAAAUAAAAUUUAUUGUACACCUUGUUUUCAUACUAGCAUUGCACAUGAAAUGACAGUUUGUAUCAACGGUAUAUUCUUUAUUAUAUAAAUUUGUGUUUCGUCAAAUGGGCCCACAUUUAAAUAUUAUGAUAUGUUUAUCAAUUAAUAAGGAUGUUUCUAGAAGAUUCUACUAUGCAUUCUUCUGCCGAUUUUGAUUGAUUAAAGGAAUAUCGAUGA